AAAACCCGUUCCCACCCUUAGAAGUACAGAAAAAAAUGGACAAAGCCUUUGAGAUCCAGAAGGCCUGCCGGGAUAACGUAAAAAAUCUUCAAACAUACCUCACAGACCUUAAGAACUGGGAGGUUGAAAUGAAACGUAAAGAGGCCGCUUUGAACGGCGAUUUUGAGCAGGACUUACCCCCAGUGAGGAGUAAGGCGAGGAAAGAGAAACCAAUUGUUGAAACCAAAAAGAAGUUGGAAAAACGAAUUCCCUCAUCAGACUACAAAGCUUGGGACAAUUUUGAUGUUGACAAGGCCUGCGAGGAAGUAGACAUGGAGGAUGUGGGCCCCACGUCCCUGGACAGCAAAAAGAGCGAGCCCGCCAAGAUGGACAAGCUGAGACAGGAGGCCCAUCAUGAGAAAGAGAGAGGCAACAGUUUCGUAAAGAUGGAGAAAUGGGAUGAGGCUAUAGCGUGCUACAAUCGCGCCAUAGAGCUUGUAAAAGAUGAUGCCAUAUACUACGCAAACCGAGGACUGUGCUAUCUCAAAAAAGACAGUCUCCACCAAGCUGAGACUGACUGCAGCACAGCCAUCCGCCUCGACCCGACCUACGUGAAGGCCUACCAGCGCCGCGCCACCGCCAGAGAGCGCCUCGGGUCACUCCGGGCUGCCUCGCAGGACCUCAAUGAGGUCCUCAAGCUGGAACCUCACAACUCGCAGGCGAGGAAGCAGAGGGAUGACCUUAGGAACAGAAUGGGGACUAAGGGGCUGAAAUCAAAGUCAUCACCCAACUCCACUCCGACCAGUGAAACCAAACCCUUCCCGAAGACCGGACACCCAAAGAUCGUUCAGCUUCAGGAUGAGCCGGUGACAGAAGUCACACCGCCCACCGAGCUGGAGAGGUGGAGGAACGGAGUCGGAGAGGCCAUUACUGUCAUCAAACCUGUCAAGAAACCGCCACAUUUGAGGUCCAAGAGGGCCCUAAAAUCCGUCCCAAUCCACGAGAUACCACUCGGCAAGACUGAACCAGAGAGGCCUGCGACUAGACUCCACAUAGUAGAACUAGAAGACACUCUGUCCCGCGGGGACUCAAACAACAACGAUAAGGCCAAGGAGACACAAGUCAUAGACAACGCGGGGGAUAACCAAGAAAUAACCAGUCCAGCAUCAGAGAAGCUGCUCGCAGACCUGACGCAGAAGGAAGUCCUGAAGGAAAACAUGGUGCCACCAACCAACAGUGUCCAGUUCAUGCAAGAGUGGAAGAUGCUGACGGGGAAUGACCGGGCCAAGUCGGAUUAUUUGAGUAUCAUAGACCCGUCCAAGAUCCCAUCGAUAUUUGACAACGCAUUAGAAAGCCCCGUGCUCUCGGAGUUCCUUCAACUCCUGCACGGUGACGUCACCAAGUACGCGCACACCGUGACGUCAUACCUGCGCGGACUCAGCAGGGUGAAGAGAUUUUCGGCGCUGGCCAUGUUCCUGUCCAACAAGGACAAGCAAACGCUCAACAGUCUCCUCGAACACUGUAAGACUGUAGAAAACUGCUCAGAAGAGGACAUCGCAGAUCUGAAGAACAAAUUCGAACUUUAAGUCAAUAUACAUAAGGCCUUA